AUGAGCACCGGUAGAAAGGCGGGCCUCGCCGCGCUGACCGAGUCGGCGCAGAAGAACAAUCCGGUGCUGAAGAAGAAGCCUACGCCUGUGAGGCGUCCUGCGCCACGGAAGCGCCCAGAGAAGCGUCAAAAGGUCGAGUUUGACGAGAGCGCGCGGCACGAGUUCCUCACUGGCUUCUCCAAGCGCAAGCAGCAGCGCAAGCAGGCUGCGCAGGAGAACCGCCAGGCGCGGAUCCGCGAGGAGCUCAAGGACAGCCGACGUGCAGCGAUCGAGGCGCGGCGCGAGCAGGCCGCCGAGAACGUGCGUGCAGAGCGCCGCGCCUACGGCCUGCUGUCGGACGACGAAGAGGAGGCGGAGCCGAUGCACGAAGAGCACGACUUUGAAAACGAAGAGCGCCGGGCGCAUGUAACUGUACAGGAAUUCGAUGUGGACGCAGACUGGCAUGCGCCACCACCGCCCAAGGUCACCGAGCAGCUCCCGCCCUCGUCGCGCCGUGCGGCCCGGAAAGAAGCCGCAGUCGCGCCCCAGAAGCCCAAGGCGGCGCCGAAUCCCAAGCGCCCGUCGGGCAGCCUCACGGCGAUUCUCGAGCCGGACGUGGUCAACGCAGCGCACUAUUUGCCUAUCGAAGAAGCGCCGAAGCCGGCUCCGGCGAAGCGCGCGCAUACCUAUCUCUCAGCCGCCGAGCGCAUGCAGGAGCGCAAGGCCCAGCGCGAGCAUAACCACAAGCAGGCCGAGCUGCGCCGCGAGAGCAAUCGCGCACGCGCCAAGUCCGGCCCCAAGAAGAAAAUCUCCACCACAGGGCAGCGCCGCAAAUAG